GGCUACUGUUCGGUCUCCACGCUGGGUCCUCUUCGUUUCACUAUAUCGAGAUUCCUGUCGCCUCCAGAGGUCUGGACUGCGUGGAAGCUUUUUAACUUAUGCACUUCGGCCUCAUAUUUGACCUAGCGUCGCCAUUCAUCUUGAACGGACUAUACCCUGACUCUUGGCAUUCAUUCUUCCCGUCACAAUGGCGGAUUGGGAUCCAAGCAGAGUGAAGGCUCAGUUACGUCUGACGGCUCAGAAACUGGGCCAAUUGCAAGAUAAACUGGAAUCCCAAGACCGAAUCACCCAAAGAGACAUCGCUACCCUAUUGCAACAACGACGAAUUGCAUUGGCACGUGCCAAAGCCCAGAAGCUCACGAGUAAUGACAACAUGAGCGACCUGUUGCAAACGCUAGAGAUGCAUGUCGGCGUAAUUUUGGGCCAUAUGCAUGAGUUUGAACAUGGGAUGCCUUUGAGCCCGAUGUCACUUGAGGCAGUCUCCAGUAUCAUCGUUGCCGCACCUCACGUCGAUGCCAAAGAAUUACGUGUGGUGAAGGAUAUUUUAGCUCACCGCCUUCAGUCGGAAGUCUUGAAGUCCCUCGGUGAUUACGUUCCUGAAAAGGUUCGCAGCGCUCUGACAGCAUAUCCGCCUUCGGCUGCUAGACUUGAUUACCUGCUCUUCUCGAUCGCAAAAACAUACCAGGUUGAUUGGAAGCCGGACCUUCCGCCAGAUGAGAAAGUCAAUGCGAUUUCCGAGAUGCUUGAUCCAUCAACAAUGCAUGACGUAGAUCUUCCCCGGUUACGCAUGUUGUGUUCGCAUGGUCUCCCUGAGGAUCCGCCAUGGCUUAGACCUAAAGUAUGGAGACUUUUGUUAGGAACACUUCCCCUUGUGAAGGCAGCUUGGACCGAACAAAACAGGAAGAAUCGAGAAAAUUACUACGACCUCAUCCGCAGACUACUUGAGCCAUUUUCUGCUCUCUCGGCUCCUACCACUCCGCUGGCACCAUUGGAUGCAUCACUGUUGGAGGCUUCGCAAGAGCUCACACAGGUGCCCCUGAAGCUGAUCAUUCGCUUACGGGAAACUCCAGAGGCUUUCUCUCUAUGUCCUCUUGAUGAGACUGCAGCGGACGAAAUUAGGAUUUCAUGUGCUCAAAAUCUGGAUGUACGUCUCAACGUGAUCCGAGAGCUUGAGUCCAAGGAGGCUCUCUCCCACUCCACGCCGGAAAUCAGACUGGAAAGCACUCCGGAAAUCCGUUUAGAAAACGCGGACGACGAGUCGACUACGCUUGAACGGUUUGACCGACCUGACGCAUCGAGUGCUUCCUCACCAAUUCCACCUUCCCCGUCAUCAGCGCAGUCGGGCGCGUCUACCACGUUGCUCCCAUCGCGUACGAUUGGCGCUCAUCCGAAGCACGCGUCUGCACUAUUAAGGCUGCUCUUUGUGCAUGCUCGCCUCAACCCUGGGAAUGACUCGCCACAUAUCGCAUCGCUGCUUGUUCCUGUGUACACGGCUCUUCUAGAGGAGGUCAAUCCAGAAGAUGCGGCGCACGUUGAGGCGGAUACGUUCUGGGCGUUCGAGGCUUUCGUUGCCGAGAUAUCGGACCUGAAUGAUCCAGAAGGUAGCGACCUGUGGACACGGAGGUUCAGUGAGCGUUUGAACUGGGCUGACCCGGAACUAGCUGAUGAUUUGCAAAGUAAAGGGCUGGAUCCGGCGCUACCUCACUACUCAUUUCGGUGGCUUGUCCCCCUUUUGACACACACGCUACCUCUCUCUUGCGUGCUCAUGGCGUGGGAUGCCUUGUUCUCCCAACCUAUGCGGCAACGGGACACCAAUCCUAAGUUGGACUAUUUGCUGGAUGUAUGCACUGGUAUGCUUCUGCGUACCAAGGGCAUACUACUACGCUUAGGUAAGCCAGUGCAUAGAGCUCAAGAUCUAUGGUCGGCUGAGGUUACUGCGAUGCCCUCCACGUCUCUGGGAGUGCGGGAACUGCAAGAUGCGUUCGUGGAAGGCAUGGCUUUCCUCCAGCAGUAUCCGGUUGAGGCGGCCGGUGGGAUUGAAGCAAUCCUGCAAUGUGCACACGAUCUUUCUCUCCAACGGGAAGUAGAGAAAAACAGCAAUCAGGGGAUCGGCUCUGGUUUGGGUGCGCGUCUACGGAAAACUGUCUGGAAAGGUAUAACUCACCAGCCUCCAAUAUCUGAAUCACAUCUGGAGGAUGAGGAAGACGAAGGUCGAUCACACCGACAUGUGGUAAGCACCAGCAACAAUGGCUCUCCCGCUCGUCAUGCCCGGAAGGCAUCAGGCUUCACAGCACGUUUAGCCGAUACUGUUUGGCGUGGAAUAUCAAAUGAGAGCGCCAUGGAAGCCCCGCCCUCCCCUCCAACCCCAGAGUCUCCCUUGCAACCCUCACCUGCGGCGUCGCCGAGAGCAUUGCCCGAAGUGUCACUUAAUGAUGCUUCCACGACGGAAAGUCCGUCUCUCAACCGAUCCAAGUUGUGGGACUACGCCGAGAAGUUCAAAGAAUCAGACACAGCUGCAAAGCUAUCGAAAGUCAGCACAAACUGGAAAGUCAAGGCAAUGGAUGCGUGGAACAAGGGGGGCAGCAGCGCUUCUUCGAAAUUCCUGAGUCCCUCCUCUUCCCCACACAGCUCGGUGGAUAUGGGAGGCCGACGGACGUCGCUUCCUCAAGACCCAUCUCCUAGCAUGUCGCCUGAGAAACGCCGAGGAUCCUCCUUGUCUGGCUUUGAGCGAUCUGAUGCCUAUUCACCGCCUCCGCGGCCGACCUUCUUUCGCCCACCCAUAGACAGUGUUUUGUUCUCCGAGGGACGUUCGCCCAUCUCCCUCUCCAAUGGUGAAGCAUCUCCAUCUUCGGAGCCAAGUUCAGCAGGAAGCGCAGGUCUGAGAGCCUCACUGGCUUCCUUGACCAAGUCCGAUCGAGGCAAACCCGCAAGGAGCAAAGCUGGGCCACGGCCGUUACUUCUUAGCUCCUCUUCGUUGAUCACAUCUGGACGUUCACCGACGUUGCCGAGCUCGGUUGAUCGGGCGUGGGUGGACAACGUGCGGGCAAGACGGCCAUCCCCUACGCAUAGAGACUCUUUAUCGUCCGUAUCGUCAGUCGCGGAUCCUUAUAUGCGCUCCAGAAAUAGCAGUGCUAUGGAUUCCGACACAACGAGCAGUAGAAUUGUGCCUCUCAGAGCAUCUCGUUCACCCAUGGCAGGCUCACGGCGUGUCACCCCGACGUCAUCGACAACGUCAAGUCCUCCUAGGUUGCAUCGACGCAGGGACACCGAGACGUCCACGCAGUUUGGAAGCGAUGAUGGUUCCCGAGGUUGGAAUCGCGUCGAUAUGCCCGAAUCACCUCCGACGGGACCGUCUCCACCCCCUCCACGAACUCCCGAUGCAGCAUCUGUGAUGCAGACAGAUGUGAGAGUCCAAGUGCCCGAGCCGCACAGAGGAUCACUGGCAUUCAGCGAGACCAGUUCCGACGCGUCCGCCUCCGACCCGAAGGCGUCGAUUAGAGCACAAGUAUUCCCGCACCUCUCCGUAGAAGGGGACACGUCAGAUUCAUCUGCGACUCAGGCUGCGCCACCCAGCCCUCGUACAACAAUCAAGCGCCUGCCUCCUCGAUUGAACAAUCCGCGAACCCGGGACAAUCAGGGUUCGCUAACCGCUGACCGGUUGGAGGAACUGGACAAUGCGACGACACCGCGUGCGAUGACGUUCCCUACCAAUUCGACCUCCCCGCGGCCCCAGAGACGAGUGCGAAAGACCUCGGCAACGAGCAAUGGUGAAGCACGGCCACGGAAACUAUCAGGAGAAGGACGGAUACGCAAGAUGUCUUCUGAUGGACAUUCUAUUAGGUCACGGAAGCUGUCUGGAGAGCGAGAAGCGGCGAAACACAAGCGUGACAGCUCAGCCGUUGAGGGUGAUGAUGAGGGUUAUAACGAUCUUCUCAGUGCCUAUGAAAGCGAAGACAAUGUCCUAUGAUCUUCACCACGGCUUCGUGAUGCAUACGAACUCAUAUCUUUUAGUAUCUUCCUAUUUGGUUUGUCACGAUUUAUUACUGUUCAUACCAUCGGUGCCCCGACUAUUAGUAAAUACCAUUUCGUGAACUCCAUGGUACACUUCUAGCAGAA